AGCUUUACAGAGACUCAGACUGAGACAGCACCCAGGAUAAUUUACUGAGGAUUACGGCACAUUUGAUCUUUUCUUAACACGAGGAGGGGAACACAAAGCUCAUUUAGAGGUCGGCGCUCACUAACACUCAGCCAGCUGUCCUGCUGAAGUCGACACCAGUGAAGUCUACCUUCAGGAUACAAAGGCUGUCCAUUUCCACCAACUCUUCACACUGAGCCAGCCCAUCACAGCACUCCUUAAAGCGGAAGGUAUACAAUACACGCUGUCAUCUGGCUUUGCUGAAGAUGAUCUGUGUGAACUGAGAAGGAAGCGAUCAAACAUUUAACAGAGGAGAGAGUGCUUGAAACUGAGGGAGAAGGAGAAAGGAGCUUUUCCCUUGAAUCCUGCUCAUAUAGUCGGUACUCUGUAUGAGGCCAGCCUGUCCAUCACUGCCUUAAAAAGUGCUCAUUACUAUCACUGAACCGUGAAGUGCAUGUUGUAAUAAUUGUUAUAGUACAGCUCUAAUAACAGAUCAAGGACACUUUGUUGGAUUUUUCUGAGCUGUGAAAAGCGUACUUAUUCUCAUUUUGCUCGCGCCGAUCAUCUAUUAAAACCACUACCUGUCUAUUUGAAGCAAGUGCCGCACGGUACAGUACUAUUUUUGCAUGACCCACUGCCUGCAUGAGUAACCAGGGUCGCUUUUGACUUCGAAGAAGGACCCUUGAGCCUGCAACCAUCUUCUGACUGUCUGCCCAACUGUAGCAUUUGAGUGUGGGGGGGGCUGUUUCAGAAUUAGGCCUCUGGACACUUGCUGAAGAUGACUUGAGUUGGCAGGCCUAAAAGCCCCUUACCAAGAGAGAGAGAAUUUGACAGCAGGACACACACACACAAACACACACACACACACACAAAGAAGACACAAAUGUGGAUGCCGAGGCGGCUUUGAGCCAUGCUGGUGUUGCUACUUGUGGAGCCCUGGAGUACAGGCUAUCAUCAUCCCUAUCAUCAUUCACCCAAGCUGAGGAAGAUUCAACGGCCCGAAGGAAAGAGGCUACACUUCUGAACGAUUCGAAAGAGACUGUGAAAUUGUGCUAACACGCAGAGAUCCACAGCAACAUCCUCAAUAACCCAUAUAAACACUAAUACUCCCCUCCACAAAUCCUUGAUAGAGAAAAAACAAGGCUGCGGCGGGCGUGAAAGGCACAGACACUGAACAGGAGCUGUGCGCCACCAUGGCAGCUGAGAGUGUGGCAGAACUCCGCGAUUGGCUCUUCCUGCUCCUCCUGUGCCUCACCUUAUUGGCUGAGGUGCUGGAACUGGCGGCAGCGGCAAUUGCCAUGGAGACGGGAGAGGGAGACGAGGGCAUAGUUUGCCCCUCGGUGUGCCGCUGCGACGAGGGUUUUGUCUACUGCAAUGACCGUGGCCUCAGCAUUAUUCCUCCGCUGCCAUUAAUGGCUGCCAUCCUGUACUUACAGAGCAACCGGCUGAGUAACGCUGGGCUGCCGCCGUCGCUGGAACGCAGCACUUCCAUACGAGUGAUUUACCUGUAUGCCAACCAGUUGGAUGAAUUUCCUAUACACCUCCCGCCUUCAUUACGGGAGCUCCAUUUGCAGGAUAAUAAUAUACGAACGUUACCGCGGUCGGCUCUUGCCAAGUUACCAUUACUAGAACGUUUACACCUGGAUGAUAACUCCAUAUCCACAGUUAGCAUCCAGGACCGAGCCUUUUCUGGGACCCCACGGCUUCGACUGCUGUUUUUGUCUCGGAACCAUCUGUCAAGCAUCCCCGCAGGCCUGCCAACAUCCUUGGAAGAGUUGCGACUGGAUGACAACAGAAUCAGCACCAUCCCCACUCAUGCCUUCCGUGGGCUCUCCUCCCUGAGACGCUUGGUCCUGGAUGGGAACCUGCUGGCCAACACACGCAUAGCAGAUGACACCUUUUCCCGUCUUUCCAACCUGACUGAGCUUUCACUGGUCAGGAACGCUCUGCAGUCUCCACCUGCCAACCUGCCUUCAGCUCACCUUGUGCGACUCCAUUUGCAAGACAACGGAAUGACCCACAUCUCAAGGGGGGCGCUAGAUGGGAUGCGGCGGCUGCAGAGGCUGGACCUGUCGGGGAAUAAUCUGACCACUCUGCCCCGGGGACUUUUUAAGGACACAGAAAGCCUGGAGCUGCUACUGCUGCGAGGAAACCCCUGGUACUGCGGCUGCAACCUUCGCUGGCUCCAUGCCUGGCUGCACGGUCGGGGGGCGGCGGUUUCAGUUAGGAGUCUAACCUGUCAGGGGCCUGAGCCUGUAAGGGGUCAGGCCCUUAGAGACCUAACUUCUCUGAUGGAGCAGUGUGAAGGUCCCCCUGCUGUUCCUAAUACUGGAAUAGGGAUGAACCCAGCAGACAAAGAUGGAGGAGGUGAAGAUGGUGUUGGAGGGGGUCAAGGAGUGGCUUCAGUCCCCCAUGGCAGCACCACCACUACCUCUCUGCUCAUCCCCACACAGGGUUCUCUUUUCACCCUGCGAGCUAAGCGGCCAGGCCUAGUUAUGCCUUUGCCCCCAGGUGAAGGAGGGCACGUCUCUGGAGAGGCCCUGGAGCUGACUGUAAAACCUCUCUCUUCAGACAGCGUGCUGGUGAGUUGGCUUUGUCCAGAGCCGGUGCCCUCCUUCCGCCUGUCGUGGCUGAGGCUGGGCAGCAGUGCAGCUCUCGGUUCAAUAACAGAGACUUUGGUUCCUGGAGAAAGGAGGCAGUAUCUUCUAACACAGCUCACCCCACGCUCCCAUUACCUCAUCUGCCUGCUGCCAUUACGACAGGAAACUUCCUUUGGGAGCUCCAGCAUGGUUUCGUCUCGAGCUGUCAGCACGGACACGGACAGUAAAGACUCAGCCCCGGCCUGUGCACAGAUAGAGACUGGAGAUGCUCUGGCACACUCAGGAGAAGAGGGCUCAGAUAAAAAGGGACGAGACUCAGAUUUAACAGCCCUGCCACUGGCUGGGAUUAUUGGGGGUGCCACAGCAUUAGUGAGCCUUCUGUUAAUCUUUGGCAUCUUCUGCUGGUAUGGACAGAGAUCAGGUUACAUAUCCGGGGACUCGGGCUCAUACAGCAGGGGCCGGGGAGGAAAACAUUAUGAUGACUAUGUAGAGUCAGGCACCAAGAAAGACACUUCCAUCUUAGAGAUCAGGGCCCCUCCUGCAGGGUUUCAGAUGACAGCUAUGGCCCAUCAGCCUGUUCAGCCUAAGCUGGAGGAUGUCACCUACAUCCACACCAUUUUCCCCUCCUCCUCCUCCUCUUCCUCCCAAGCUAACGGGACCUACCGGAGCAGUCACGGAGCUGGCAGCCUAAAUGGCACCAUCCUCAGCCAAACCAGCCACCAUCGUGUUACAUAUGGCACCAACCGUGGCUACAGAGAGGGUGGCAUCCCUGACAUAGAUUAUGCCUACACGUGAUGAUACAGGGACGCAUUCCCUGAGCCACGAAAGCCCUGUUGGCUAGUGGUUAUUUUGUCCUUGGUUUCCAAAGUACCCUCUGUGCCUCUGCUGGUUCAAUUCUGAUUGGUUUGUUGAGUAGAGAAUUUCUGCUAUGUUAAUUGGACAAUUGCUAGAGUGACAGAAGUGUAAGUCCUACUAUACUCUUCUACUGUAUAAAUACAAUUUAUAGUAGGCCCUUCUUUCAGCGCUUCUUAUAAAUGGUUACAGUUUCUCUUUUGGAUAUCUCAGUGUCUUUCAAACCUACUGUUCUUCUCAGCUAAUAAUAAUACACAGUAAAUUAUUUGAGGUUGAUAUACUAGGCUUAGCUGAUUUAGAAGGAGAUAUAUUUAUAAUAUGGGGAAAAGGCACUUGAUGUGUAUAGAGAUAGGUCUCAAAUCUUCCAACCAACUGUAAGCUUUGUGCUGUAUAGAUAAAAGGGAUGACAGAGGAAGAAAUGGUUGUUAUAACCCACAGAUGACAAUACAUCAUGGUUGACAUGAAAAGAUGUGUUCCAAGCCCCUUCCUUUCCUCUGGUUUACUCCCCUCCUUUUUAAUUUUUUCCUCCUUUCUGCCUCUUUUUUUUUUUUCUUCAGCUGAGGCUCUUUCCUUUUAUUUCUCUUGUGUCUUUUGUGGUGCUGUGAGCAGAGGACGACUUUGUUCUCGCCAAGGGAGCUGACAGCAGUGAUAACAGUUCUGACAGAGACGAGAGACACAAACCACAGCACGAGGAGACUAAUGAGAGUGAGAGAGAGAGCAUGUGUUUGGGCGGGGGGUGAUGGAUAGAUGGAUGGAUGGAUGGAUGGAUGGAUGGAUGGAUGGAUGGAUGGAUGGAUGGAUGGAGAAAACAUCAAAGGAGAUGAGAAAAAAAGAGAGGGUGCGGAGCUGUGUUGGGGGGGAUGUAGACGCAGAGAGAGGUGUGUUGGCUUCAGGCAGAGAGCGACGACAGAAAAGGGGAGCUAAGUGGAAAAAAGGGCGUGUGACAAAUGCAGCAGCAGGAGGUAAAAAAGCACACAAAGGGAAAAAAAAGAUGGGGGAUCAAGAAGGGAGUGGGUGGUUAAAGAAGAGGGUUGACAACUGGAAUAAUGUGACAUCAUAGUCCAAAAAAAAAAAAAAAAAAAAGAAUGAAGUUUUUGCCCACAGUGUACCCACUGCACUCAGCACAUGCCGAGUGAUAACAGAGUGCAUGCUUCCUUCAAGGACUGUUUUCAGGUGCCUGUGAUCAUUGAAAUUCAAAGAUGAAUUUAACAUUUCUUGGUAGUUACCUUUCACCUCGUGUAUCUUUUUUUUUUUAAUAAACAGAACAUUUCAGGAUUUUAAAAACAUCGGUAGGACAACAACAAGGACAAGAAGCACGGCGAGACAAUCUGAGUAAAAAAUACAGUGAUUGCCAAGACCACAGGACAACAGACAAGCCUGAGAAGAACGACUAUUAUUGUAAAAAAAAAAAAAAAAAAGGAGAAAAAAAAACUUCAUCUUGGAAUUUCAGCACUGCAUGUACCCAGUUUUUAUUGUGGUCUGGUGUCAUUAUUAAAUUAUCUUUGCAAAUGAAGUGAAAGAAUCCUAAUCACACAUCUUAUUAUAGUAACCCAUUAUCUUCUAGAGGAUGGCUAAACCUUCUUAAUUAAAAAUAAGUUUUAGCAGCUGACACUUUUUUUGGUGGAAGUUGGAACGGCACUGGUCUGAUUACGCUUUGUUAAAAUCCACUCUUAACAAAUCAAUUCGACAACAGCGGAGAAAAAAUAUUUUUCUUGGUGUUUUUUUAAAAAGAGAGUAGAAAGAUUUGUAUAUAAAGAAAUCUAUUAGUGUCUUACAAUAUAUUGAUUGACUACAGCAAAAAUACCAGACAGGAAUUAGGAAUCAGUUAAAAACACCUGGCCAAACUGUAAAACUCCCAAUAUUAAAAAUUCCAAUAUUUUAUCCCUCUGUGUAAACAAAUGCCAAAUGUUUCCCUGUUGCAGCUUCCCAAUUUUAAGUAUUUGCAGUUUUUCUCAGUCUUAUUACUCAGUAAAUUGAAAAUCUUUAUCUCUUUUUACUGUUAGUUAAAUGAACCAAGCAGUUCAAAGACAUUACCCCAGGGUGCAGGAAUCUAAGACAGACGUUUUUCCACAAUUGCCUCACGCUGUAUGGACCAGAUGAUUCAAGUGGACCUAUUCUGCUCAUUUCCAGCCUCAUAUUUUUAUUCUUCGAGCACUAGAGUUGCUUUGCAUGAAUUACAAUCCAAAAUUACCGUCAUUUAUCUUGGUGCAGCCCCUCAGUUCACCCACUGUCUGAGACGAGCCACUUCAGCUCCCUUUCCUGUGCCCCUCAGAGGGUUUGAACAGCAGACUGGUGGGAGUGCUGUGCUCACAACUAGAGCUGUGUGCCUGUGAUGACCAUAUUAUAGAGAUCACCUCUUUUUUGACACGAACAGAUCGAAGAGUAGAAAAAAAAAUAACAGAGCAAUUUGAAGUUGCUGUUAUUUUUUUUUUUUUAAAGGCCCAUGUUUGAAAUGAUAGACAGAAAAUAGGGAAGUGCAUAAUAGGUCCUCUUUAAUCAGUUAAUUUAAAUCAACAAUGCAAUUGUGGCCUUUUCUCUUACACUCUCAUAUACAAAGGCAAUUUAUUUACUUGUAUUAUAAAAAAGAUUAGCUGAAUUGGAAAAACUAAAAAUACUACUAUAAUCACACCUGAUCUAGUGCAUUCCGGGAGGUGAAACGUAUAAGUUGACUCAGGUCGUGUGGUUUUAUAGGCCUUAGCACAGCAUAGACACUAUGUUCUGGUGACUGGGAUCACAGCCUGACCGCUACACUGUGCAAUUCAACUCAAAGACAACCACAGGGAAACGAGCGACCCCCUGCUUUCUGACCGCCUCUCACUGACCACGCUAAUGUACUUUAAGGGAGGAGGAACAUCAAAGAAGACGCUAAUAAAAUACAGCCAGAGAUUAACAGGAAGAGGAAGAGGAGAAGGUAGAGAGAGAAAAAUAAAGGGGGAGAGUGGGGAGGGGUGAUUUAGAUAGAGCCUGUAAGUGUUGAAACCCAAGUCUUACUUUGAGUAGCUCUCUUUCUCUUUUUCAACCUGUGUUACAGUGUACCAGUAAUAUUGGAAGAGCUCCGGUGUGGGUUUUUUAGGUUGAUUUUUUUUUUGCAUUUGUUUUAUAAUUUUUUUAAUUUUUUUAAGAGCACUGAAGCUUCCUUUCAUUCUGUGUAGAGAUCCUUUUCCUUUAAAAGUGUCACCCUCAGAUGUGUUAAUGAAAACACUCUUAUGUAUAAACAUAAAAAAAGGGUGCAAAACGCUAUUCCAUUUAUUGGUCUGUCGUCUUUUUUUCUACGCAGAUGAAUAAAGACUUCUAAAAGGAA